AUGACCCGCAGCUCACAGCGCUGGGUGACUUGCACGCCUCCGCUUACACGUCUGUCCUUACGGGCAAAAUGUUUUGUUGUUUUUGUUGUUUUCUUCUUUCUUCUCUCUUAGGAGUGUGGUGCUUUAGUGAACUGUUUUUUGUGAAAGAGCCUCAGGACGUUACUGUGUCGAGGAAGGAUCCGGUGGUUUUAGACUGCCAAGCCCGUGGAGAAGCUCCUGUAACAAUUACAUGGCUGAAAAAUGGAGGCAAAGUGUCUGAAAAUGAACGGAUCUACACUUUAUCCAAUGGCUCGUUGUAUAUCACUGAGGUGGAAGGAAAGAAGGGAGAACUGUCUGAUGAAGGAUUUUACCAGUGCUUAGCUCUGAACAAAUACGGGGCCAUUCUCAGUCAAAAAAGUCACCUCACACUAGCAACCAUUUCUGCAUUUGAAGUCCAGCCACUUUCAACUGAAGUCCAAGAAGGUGGAGUAGCUCGAUUUGCCUGUAAAAUAACAGCAAACCCUCCUGCCACUGUGACAUGGGAAGUGAAUAGAACAACUUUGCCCUUAGUCAUGGACAGGAUAACUGCUCUGCCUACAGGAGUGCUUCAGAUCUAUGGUGUUGAGCAGAAGGAUGCUGGGAGUUACCGGUGUGUUGCCACAACUGCAGGCAAUAGGCGAAAAAGCACCGAGGCAGUGCUGAGUGUUAUUCCAGCCUCAGACUUGAAGCCUUUUCACAAGCCAUCUAUAAUAGCUGGUCCUCAAAACAUUACAGCAUCUCUUCAUCAAACUGUCAUACUGGAGUGUGUAGCCACAGGGAAUCCAAAGCCAAUCAUCUCAUGGAGCCGGUUAGACCAUAAGUCCAUUGAUGUCUUCAACACGCGAGUCCUUGGGAACGGGAACCUGAUGAUCUCUGACGUGAAGGUGCAGCACGCAGGUGUCUAUGUCUGCCGGGCCACUAUUCCCGGCACUCGCAACUUCACAGUGGCAAUGGCAACUCUCUCUGUGCUGGCUCCACCUUCAUUUGUGGAAUGGCCAGAAAGCUUAACAAGGCCUCGAGCUGGUACUGCUCGUUUUGCUUGUCAAGCAGAAGGAAAUCCUGCCCCCAAAAUUUCAUGGUUAAAAAAUGGAAGGAGAAUACACUCCAAUGGGAGAAUAAAAAUGUACAACAGUAAAUUGGUGAUUAACCAGAUCAUUCCUGAAGACGACGCCAUUUAUCAGUGCAUGGCAGAGAACAGCCAGGGCUCCAUUCUCUCCAGGGCCAGACUCACUGUGGUUAUGUCAGAAGACAGGCCCAGUGCACCUUACAACGUCCACGCUGAAACCAUGUCGAGCUCAGCAAUCCUGCUGGCCUGGGAGAGGCCACUGUAUAAUUCAGACAAAGUGAUUGCAUACUCUGUGCAUUACAUGAAAGCAGAAGGUUUAAAUAAUGAAGAGUACCAAGUGGUCAUUGGAAAUGAUACAACCCAUUACAUUAUUGAUGACUUGGAGCCAGCCAGCAACUACACCUUCUAUAUUGUAGCUUACAUGCCUUUGGGAGCCAGUCAGAUGUCAGACCAUGUGACUCAGCACACCCUGGAAGAUGUUCCCUUGAGAGCUCCUGAAAUCAGUUUGACGAGCAGGAGUCCGACAGAUAUUCUCAUAUCUUGGCUGCCAAUUCCUGCAAAAUACAGGAGAGGCCAGGUCAUCCUGUACCGUCUGUCAUUCCGCCUCAGCACAGAGACCAAAAUCCAGGUGCUGGAGCUUCCAGGCACUUCAGAUGAGUAUCUCCUGGAGGGGCUGAGGCCUGACAGUGUCUACUUGGUUCGUAUCACUGCUGCAACAAGGAUUGGCUGGGGAGAGGCAUCUUUGUGGACCUCACACCGAACUCCCAAAGCUACAAGUGUGAAAGCACCAAAGUCUCCCGAGCUGCGUUUGGAGCCCAUGAACUGCACAACAAUUACAGUGCAGUGGCAGCAGGACUCUGAGGACACUGCAGCUGUCCAGGGCUACAAACUGUACUACAAGGAAGAGGGGCAGCAGGAGAAUGGACCGAUUCUGUUGGAUGCCAGUGACCUGGAAUAUACUGUCAGUGGUUUGGAUCCUAGAAGAAAGUAUCAUGUAAGGCUGCUGGCAUAUAACAAUAUGGAAGAAGGUUAUCAGGCUGACCAAACAGUCAGCACUCCAGGAUGUGUCUCUGUCCGAGAUCGCAUGGUGCCACCCCCGCCACCUCCUCACCACCUCUAUGCCAAGGCUAACACCUCAUCCUCCAUCUACCUUCACUGGGGAAAGCCUGCCUUCACCUCUGCUCAGCUCAUCAACUACACAGUGCGCUGCAACCCCGUGGGGCUGCAGAACGCUUCCCUGGUGCUCUACCUCCAAACGUCAGAGACUCACAUGUUAGUUCAAGGUCUUGAGCCAAAAACCAUGUAUGAAUUUGCAGUUCGAUUGCAUGUGGACCAGCUCUCCAGUCCUUGGAGUCCUGUAGUCUAUCACACUACCCUUCCUGAAGCACCAUCUGGCCCUCCAGUAGGAGUGAAGGUGACUUUGAUAGAGGAUAAUACUGCUCUGGUUUCCUGGAAGCCACCUGAUGGUCCUGAAACAGUUGUUACACGGUACACCAUCCUCUAUGCAUCCAGGAAGUCUUGGAUUGCCGGGGAAUGGCAAGUGUUGCACAGAGAAGGAGCAAUGACCAUGGCUUUGCUGGAGAACCUUGUAGCAGGAAACAUCUACUUGGUUAAAAUAGCAGCUUCCAAUGAAGUGGGAGAAGGACCCUUCUCAAAUGCAGUGGAAUUUGCUGUCCUGCCAAAGGAGACAUCAGAGUCUAACCAGAGACCGAAACGCUUGGAUUCUGGAGAUCCCACUACUUAUUCUGACUAUUACCAUCUGGACCAGAAAUCAAUGACUGGCAUUGUUGUUGGGGUUUGCAUAGCCUUGACCUGCAUCCUUAUCUGCAUCCUGAUCUUAAUUUAUCGCAGUAAAGCCAGGAAAGCAUCUGCUCCUAAGCCUGUGCAGCAAAGCACUGACCAGCUGUCACGUACCAGCAUCUCAUUAGCCAGUCCUAAUGAUGUGGAGAAGAAUAUUGAAGGAAUUGCAGAGAAUGAAGAAUCCUUAUUGCCAAUGAUAGUAGGAAACAGCUUCAUUGAUGCUAAGGGAGGAUCUGAUCUGAUUAUUAACAGCUAUGGGCCUGUCACAAAGACUAAUGGCAAGAAGAGGUGGCUGUUCUUCCAAGAUGCUAAGAAGACAAAGGCUGAGGAGCCACAGAGGAGGUUCGUGCAGGCGGUGUGUCUGUACCAGCCCGGCCCCGGCGCGCUGCUCCACCACGGCGGCUCCCCCGGCCAGCGCUCGGACUUCCAGGUGCCCUUUGGCGGUGCGGCCGACACGGAGCAUUCGGCCAACAGCGAAGGGAGCCACGAGACCGGCGACUCCGGGAGGUUUUCUCACGAGUCCAACGAUGAGAUUCACCUCUCCUCUGCUGCGGGCGGCUCCGCUCCGGCCGGCAGCGACCCGAGCGCCGGGAGCCCGGCCGUGAGCGGCUGCGCCGAGACCCCACUGCUGCUCGGGGCUGCCCCCGGCCCACUGCAGAUCCUCCCUGCCCUGCCCAACUGAGCCCGGCCACCCCGGACAUUCUCACUGGGUCUGUUCGAAGGACAAUGAACAGCGAGCCAAAGGUUCAUUGUGGAAAGCCUGACUAACCUAGCAGGUGAUCCAUAGUUCUGUUGAAUGUUGGGGGUUUUUUUUCCUAUAUUUUGGGUUGUUUUUUUAAAGCUCGUUCAUUUUGAAUGUUCAGUGGUCAAAAAAUGUGAAAGGAGUGAAGAUUUCUGACUAAAGUUAAAAAUAUGUCACUGGAGCAAAGGGAAGGCUGUUGGCCCUUUUGCUGACUAUCUACCUCAGUUUGCCGAGAGGUGAACUCUGAAUGGCGACUGCUUUACCUCAUUUGUGUUCUAGUUGGUCUCAGCUAUGGAACUGAUGAUACUUCCUAGUAGUGUUGUUUUCUUUUGGGGUUUUUUGUUUUCAUUUGCCCCCCAAGUUGUGUGUAGAGAGUGUGUGAGUGUGUGCGUGCAUGUGGAUGUACUCAGUGAUCAGGGAGUUGUAUAGGUUGGUGGACAAGAUUGUUUAGCUGAAGCUCUGUCUUUAAAAAGAAGGAAAACUCAGAGUAUAAAACAUUAUGAUUUCAUGUGGUUGACAUAGAGUAUGUUAAAAACUGGGAGAACUGGAACUUCCACCUAUACAGCCACAUGAAAUCUUUUGUACCUCUUGAUUUCUUAGACCCUCAGUAAGCCUAGGACAGUGCCUUUCCUCAGAAACCGGUGCCAGCAGCUGCUGGCAGGAGAUAUGCUGUAUCCCUGGGGCUCUGGGACAUGCUGGAUUCCCCACAGUGUGAGCAAUAUUGCCCCUGUAUUCACAGUUAAGGUUAAAAAUCAUAGCAAAAUCAAGGAGUACUCAGCAUUUUCAAACAGCUUGGCCUUGCCUGAGAGUUAUGGAAUAGAUAACAGUGCUGAGUAUUCCAGUAUCACAGUACUUCUUAGCAGUGGUGCCUUGCAUUAUAUAUUAUGAAAUUACUGAUUUGCCUUAUUCCUUUUUAGUAUUCAUGAAGUUCCUUUGGAGUACAGAAAGAUGCCUUAAAUCCUUCUUAGAUGUUUUAAGUAAACUGUAACAUGAGUUUAAAGUUCAUUUUUACCCAUCUUUGAGUGCUGAUAAGCAUUGUAGUAUGUCUCAGAACUGGUGUUAGGAUGAAAACCUCCUCCUUGCCUUCACCUAGUGUGCUAUUAGCCAGGAAUUUUAGCUCAGGGAAUGACUUUACCUAUAUGCUGAUCUAAAACUCUGAUUAGGCUACCAUGAGAAAUAAAAAAGCCAGAGCUUUAGUUGAAGAGUCUGUUGAAAGAGGUGAGUACUGCUACUGCCUCGAACCCAUGCAAUUCCUGUUUUAUACUACCUCCUUUAAAAUUAUUCUAGUGUUUUUUUGGAUUUUGUUGUUGUUGUUUUUUCCUGUACUCAGGGAACAGUUUGUUACUUUUAAGCUGCCUCACGGAAACGUGGAGCAAACUGACAGGGUAUCAUUUUGUGUUUUAAUAGGAGAGAGCGAGAGACAGGGAGGAGGCUGGAAUCAUCCAAUGUUAUAAACUUGCCUGUAUCUAUAUCCAGUCCUCUUCUCACUCCUCCUCUUUCCCUGUUCUACUUUAA